GUAAAUCUUUGCACUGUGUGCAUAUAAAAACACUGACGGUGGCAAUUCUCUAACGAUCAGAGGGCCAGCAUCAUCACUACACUAGGUCAGUAAGAUGAACGGCAGGGAAGUACCGGAGGCUGCGGUCACUCAGGUCGCCACAGUGCACACGGUCUCAGAAGCGGGAUUGGGAUUGGGACCUGGACCUGGACCAGGAGUGGGAGCAGGUACACGAUCAGGCAGUUUCGCAUUCUCCUCAACGGGCUCAUGGCGGGACUCUACCCGGAGCUGGGGCUGGCUGCUGUCCGGAGCUGUUUUGGUUAACGUGCUGGUGCUCGGAUGCGCGUUGGUGGGCGGCAGUGUAUUUAAUGCACGAUAUAUCACCAGUGUGCACCUGCAGGUCUUUCUGGUGGUUCUACUGGUGGCUACCACGGGCUGGAUGAUCUUCUACCAGGCGUACACGUGCCGUGAAGAGGAGGCUGUUCUGUACAAAGACUUCCACGCUGGUCCUGUCUGGCUCAGAGGUGGACUGGUGCUUUUCGGAAUCUGCAGUUUAAUUAUGGAUGUUUUUAAGAUUGCGUUUUACGUGGGUUUCGCACACUGCAACUCACCUGUAUACAUCGUCUUCCCUGUUUUACAAGCCAUAUUCAUCUUGGUUCAGACUUACUUUCUUUGGAUCAAUGCAAAGGACUGUGUGCAAGUGCAAAGAAACAUUACUCGCUGUGGACUGAUGCUUACCCUGGCUACAAACCUGAUGCUUUGGAUGACAGCAGUAACAGAAGAGUCUCUUCAUCAAACAGUUUUUCCCAAUGACACAAGUCGCCGCAGGCUCUCAGUUAAAGCGAGUGUUCCAGAUGUUGACAGUGGCUGUGAGUGCAGCCACAAGGCAUGCAGUAUCUUCGAAGAAGCCUCCUUCUACCUGUACCCAUUCAACAUCGAGUACAGCCUGUUUGCCUCUGCUAUGGCCUACGUCAUGUGGAAGAAUGUGGGUCGUCUGGUGGAUGACCACGGCGUCCAUGAGCACCGAUUCCACAUGCGUGAUGUCCUGCUGGGCCCAGCCAGUGGCCUAGUGGUGCUGCUGGCCGGCCUAGCCACGUUUGUGGUGUACAAGGUGGAGGUGGCAUCCAAUGAGCCAGGAAAAAGGGACACUGCACUUACAAUGUACUAUGUGGCUAAUACAGCCACGGUGUCGCUGAUGACCGUAGUAGCGGUGGUCGGCUGUGCCAUGUAUCGCCUGGAGCAGCGCGAGCAUGCUAUGGGUAAAAACCCAACGCGUAGCCUGGAUGUAGGAUUGCUAGUGGGUGCCUCUAUAGGCCAGCUUACUGUCUCUUACUUCACCAUCGUGGCUGUCCUGGCUACCGGUGUACGUGGCCAUGUCAAUGCUCUCAACCUGGCCUGGAGCAUUCUCACUGUGCUAGAGCUGUGUGCUCAAAAUGUGUUCAUCAUCGAGGGCCUGCGCCGUGAGCCGCACCAGGAUACACGCCGUGCCAGCAUCUUCUCCAACCUGCUCGCCAUGCACGCUCAUGAUGAGCGUAGAAGAUCCAGCAACGUACUCACACCUCGUGGCUCCAUAGCCAUAUCCGUCCACAAGGCCCUGCCCUGGAAACGGAAGGUUCUUAAGGAGAUCUCAGCCUUUCUACUGCUCUCUAACGUUAUUCUUUGGAUCAUCCCUGCCUUCGGAGCGCGGCCACAGUUUGACAACCCCAUCGGAAUGGAGUUCUAUCAGUUCAGCAUGUGGGUGGCUGUGGUAAACGUUGGACUCCCCUUUGGGAUUUUUUACAGAAUGCACUCAGUAGCCAGUCUUUUUGAGGUCUACCUGACCUCAUGAAUGUACAACUUUAGUAAAUCCAUGCUUAUAUUUUGUAAGAUUUAUAUAUUAGGUCUGAUAGAAUGUAUUUUUAUAAUGUGGAAUGUUUUUCAUCUUUUGAUUUUUAUUUUAGAAAGUGUGUGCUUUUUAUUGUAUAUAUUAUAUAUGAAUACAUUUGAGCAAUGUGCACUAUAUGAAAAGACCGAAAGUAUGUGGACACCUAUUGUAUGUAACAGGCAACAGUUUAGGGAAGACUGUUUUCUGUUCCAGCAUGACAGCGUAAAGUGAGAGACCCCAUUGAACUAGAUUGUUGAUUGUGAGCCAGGCCUUCUUGUCCUACACAAAUGAUGAGAAAAGCUCCCAAAGAAAAUCUCUGAAGUCUUGUGCAACACCUUCCCAAAUGAGUUUAAACUGGUUUAGCUACAAAGGGAGGGCCAACUCCAUAUUAACUCCCAUUAAUGCCCAUGGUUUCAAAAUUGCAAUUGAUGUCCAACAAGCUCAUGGUCAAGUGUCUACAUACUUUUGGUUAUAGAAACAAUAUAUAUUUGCCAUUUAGAAGUAAAACAACAUGAAAUAAAAAUGUUUAUAGGCUCAUCUUAAAUUUCUCUCAUCUUAAAACUAAUGUAUGCAGAGAAAAACCUCAGAAUAUGAGCAAACACAGACUGUGCUCACUAUCACCUGUUUUAUGUCUUUCAUUUUCUUUAAUUUGCUUUGUUCCUGCUGUCAGUAAAUGCAAUAUCAAUGCCAAAGGAAAUUUAUGUCACAGGUGAACCUGCUGCUAAUACUAAAAUAAAGAAAUGGUGAU